UUCAGUAUGAGGCGGGGUGGAUGGCGGAAACGGGCUGCCGAUGGCGAUGGCUGGGGAAUAUGGGGCGGGUACAUGUCGGCAAAGGUUAAGAAAUUGGAGGAUCAGUUCCGGUCAGAUUCAGCCAUACAGCACCAGAAGGAUGGAAAUUCAUCAAGUAUCUUUAGUGGAGUCGCCAUCUAUGUCAAUGGCUUUACAGAUCCCUCAGCUGACGAAUUAAGACGGCUAAUGAUGUUGCAUGGAGGCCAAUACCAUGUGUAUUAUUCCAGAUCGAAAACAACUCACAUCAUUGCUACAAAUCUUCCAAAUGCCAAAAUAAAAGAAUUGAAAGGAGAAAAGGUAGUUCGGCCAGAGUGGAUCAUGGAAAGCAUUAAAGCUGGACGUCUCCUCUCGCACAUUCCGUAUCAGCUUUACACCAAGCAGUCAAGUGUUCAAAAAGGUCUCAACUUUAAUAGCAUAUGCAAACCUGAAGAUGCCAUGCCAGGUCCAAGCAAUAUAGCUAAAGAUCUCAACAGGGUAAAUCAUAUUAAAAAGUGUGAGAUGGAAAAUGAGAUCAAACCCAAUGGAGUAAGUAGCUGGAAUGAAGAAGAGGAGGAAGAAAGUGACGAUUUUGGAUUUACAGAGCUGGAGCACAUCCUUCCUGGACGGAAACAAAAUGGGAUUCAGUCUCACAAAGACAGCACUGCCAUUUUUAACGGACACACACACACUUCUACCAGUGCCUUAAAGACACAGGAUUGCUUGGUGCCCUCUGGCAACGGUGUUGCAAGUAGGUUCUCUCCAGGCCCUGUGCAGGAGGAAGGGAAGACUGAAAAAGGCAUGGUUGACUUUAGAGACUGCACAAUGCAGCAGUUGCAGCAAAGCAACAAAAGUACAGACUUUUCGUGGAAUCCACAUAGGACUAUGAGUAAUUCAUCCUCAUCUUCAUCUUUGCACAGUAAUGCUAAAAUAAAUGGUGCUCACCACUCCACUGUUCAGGGGCCUUCAAGCACAAAAAGCACUUCUGUACCUACUUCUAGCAAAGCAGCUUCCUUACCUGUGUCCAAACCUUCAGAUUGUAGUUUUAUUUCUGACUUUUAUUCACGUUCAAGACUGCAUCAUAUAUCAACGUGGAAGUGUGAAUUGACAGAGUUUGUCAACAGCCUGCAGAGAAAAAACAGCGGUGUCUUUCCAGGAAGGGAAAAGUUAAAAAAAUGGAAAACAGGCAGGUCUGCACUUAAAACUGACACAGGUAAUGUGUCUGUUGCAAGCUCAGCCAAGCCACAGAGCUGUAUAAUGCACGUGGAUAUGGAUUGCUUCUUUGUGUCUGUGGCUAUCCGAAAUAGACCAGAUCUCAAAGGAAAACCAGUAGCUGUUACUAGUAACAGAGGUGCAGGAAAGGCACCACUGCGCCCUGGUGCAAACCCCCAGCUUGAACAGCAAUAUUACCAGAAUAAGCUACUGAAUGGCAAAGCAGAAAUUGGAGUACCUGAUAAGCUGGACCCAUCAGUCUGGGAGCAUCCGGAUUCCACACAUGUGAAUGGAGCUGACUUCGAUCUCACUGUUCUGUCCAUGGCUGAAAUAGCUUCUUGUAGUUAUGAAGCCAGACAAGUUGGCAUAAAGAAUGGAAUGUUUUUUGGCCAAGCAAAAAAGCUGUGUCCAAACCUUCAAGCAGUUUCGUAUGAUUUUGAUGCGUACAAAGAAGUUGCACGGACAGUAUACGAAAUACUAGCAAGCUAUACUCAUAACAUCGAAGCAGUCAGUUGUGAUGAAGCACUAGUAGAUAUCACUGAAAUCCUUACAGAGACCAGAUUGACUCCUGAUGAACUUGCAAAUGCUAUCCGCACCGAAAUCAAAGCCCAAACUAAAUGCACUGCUUCAGUUGGGAUGGGUUCCAAUAUUCUGCUGGCCAGAAUGGCAACUCGUAAAGCAAAACCAGAUGGACAAUAUCACUUAAAACCUGAAGAAGUGGAUGAUUUUAUCAGAGGGCAACUUGUUACCAGUCUUCCAG